CAAAAUGCCGUCUACCGCGGAAGUAGGGGCUGUCGCACUGCCUACGGUGACAGAGAAGCCAAUACAUUACACGUAUUUAAAAGAGUUUCGUGUGGAGCAGUGUCCACUGUUUCUUCAACAUAAAUGUACCCAACAUAAACCAUUCACGUGUUUCUAUUGGCAUUUUAUGAAUCAACGUCGGAGAAGACCGAUAUUUCGAAAACGGGACGGAACUUUUAAUUACAGUCCAGAUGUGUACUGUACGAAAUAUGAUGAAACAACGGGCAUUUGCCCUGAAGGAGACGAUUGUCCUUACCUUCACCGUACAGCUGGAGAUACAGAAAGACGUUAUCAUCUACGCUAUUACAAAACUGGAAUAUGUGUUCAUGACACAGAUAGCAGGGGCUACUGUACAAAAAAUGGGCCACAUUGUGCAUUUGCACAUGGAAUCCAUGAUUUGAGGAGUCCUGUUUACGAUAUUCGGGAACUGAAUGCUCUUGAGACUUCUGAAGAAGGGGCUAAUGGAACAUCAGGGCCCAAUAGUCUUGAUAAAGAGAGAAAUGCUCUGAAUGAAGACCUAAAAUGGCAAGAUACUACCUAUGUUUUAGAAAGUUAUAAGACAGAACCAUGUAAACGACCUCCAAGGUUAUGUAGGCAAGGUUAUGCGUGUCCUCAGUACCACAAUAAUCGGGAUCGAAGAAGAACUCCAAAAAAAUAUACUUACCGGUCAACACCUUGUCCCAAUGUUAAGCAGGCAGAUGAAUGGGGUGAUCCAGUUAAUUGUGAAAAUGGAGAUGAUUGUCCAUAUUGUCAUACUCGUACUGAACAACAGUUUCAUCCAGAUAUUUAUAAAUCAACAAAAUGUAAUGAUAUUCAGCAGACAGGGUACUGCCCUCGUGGCCCUUUUUGUGCAUUUGCUCAUGUUGACAAGGAAAUGUCUGCAAUACGUGAUAUUGGUCCAGAAAAUACUACUAAUUUGGCAGCCAUUUUGUCAAAUGUUUUAUCACCAAAUUCAACAGCUAAUUCAUCCCAGCCCCAGACAACAGUAACAACUAGUAAAAAAGAGAAUUCACAACACCAAAAAACUGAUGUACAUAUUAAUCAAAUAGACGGAUCUUCACAACAAAUUGUAUCUAGUACUUCAAUUGAAAUGCCAGGAAAUCAGUCCUCUAUAGGGUGUACAACCUUCACGGCUAGUAGCACACUGCCGGCUCCCAUAGCUCGACCCCGGUCAUACAGUUCAUCAACUAAUAACUCUGGAGAAUGCAUAGGUUCAUACCAGAAAGCUCCUGGAUCUGAAAGGGAAGACAAAGAGGUAACCCUUAGGAAACAACUUGAAGCUCUUGAUAAUGAUCCAUCUUUAGACCUUAUUCAAAAAGUUUGUUGCAAACAGAGUCUCUGUUUAGCACAUGGACUUCACCCACAUGCUGUUUCACUAACCACCACAUCAUCUUCCUUACCACAAGGUUUCUGUUUGCAAUCAGCAUUUUAUCCUGAAGGAGUAGACACAGUUGAGUCUGUAGUAGGAAAUGCUUUGGAUGAUUUGAACCUAGAUGAAAUAAAUAUAGAAGCUUCCAUAGAUAAAGAACUAGAGUGUGAAGUGAAUCCUGUGAAUUCUUCAAUAUCAGCUGGGCUGGCUAGCUCUGGAAUUUUAGGUAGUUCUGCCCCUGUGAGCAUUCCUGGAAGUGAAAGUAUGCAUGAUCAAAGAAGAUUAAGUAACUUGUCACCUCCUGUCACAUCCCAUCUAGGGUCUCUCUCUCACAGUCUAUCAAUGGGAGGGACUUCUCUUCUUUCUCUUACUUCUUCAGGAGUUGUUGGUUCAAGACCUGAACAUUCUUUAGAUAAGGCUGCUACAGCUUUCUAUGGCCAUGCAAGUUCUUAUGGAAGCACAAAUUAUGGUCAUUUCCAUGGCUCUGGAGUGUAUGAAUAUUCUGCUUCACAGAACAUGUCUCCUGUUUCCCCUCUGUUACCAAACAUGUUUACAUUUAAUUCAGCUAACUCUGGUGGUCCUAGUCUCACAGAAGUUCAUAGGUUACGUGAAGAACAUGUUGCUAGUAGAACCAAAUUAGCCACGAUGGAAGAAGGUUAUAAUCAAUUAAGAAUGGAGUUGAUCGGAACUAUCCAGGCAUGUGAAGCGUGGAAGAGACAAGCCAAAGAUGCAAGUGAAAGAGAAAAAGUACGAGAACAACAAAGAGAUGAGGCAUUAUCUAAGAUUGAUUUACUCCAAAAGCAAGUAGAAAAUUUAACUGGUGGGUCAUUAUUACGGACUUUACCUGGAGUAUCUGAGUUAGAAACUAUCUCUCUUGGAGAACUUAAACAAAUAAAGGACCAGCUUAGAAAUGAGUUAGACAGAUUAGAUAAGGUGAUUUAUCAUAAAACUGCAACAAAGUGUAUGGUAUGUGAAAACCAGAACCGUAGUGUAACACUGUUACCUUGUAACCACUAUGUCUUAUGUAACCAGUGUGCCCUUCACCAGUCAAAAUGUCCUUACUGCCAAGCUGACAUUGCCCAGAGAUCAAGUAUGAACUUGCCAAUGUAAAGUUAUAGGUUACCUAGCUUCUGCAUUUAUUUGAACUGAAAUGUGUGAAAAAUGUUUAAUACAAAUUGUUUAUCUUAUCAUUUGGACUCUUGUAGAAAUAUUAUGGUUUUUAAAUUUUAGAGUAAACAUCAAGGAUGUUACUGGGAUUGUCCCUUGUUUUGCCAAAUGAAGUACAAAAGAAAACAACAAAAAACUGUAGUUUAGUAUGCAAUUUCUAGGGUUUUAAAUUAUAAAAUCAUAUAUAUUUGCCACAAAACAAAUUAGCUGACAUUUCUCUGUUGAUUCUUUUCCUGUUUGACACCUGGCCGAGGUGUAAUGUGUAAAACUGAGUAUUAGGUGAAAUAUUUUUCAAAUAGUUAGUAUGUAUUUGGCAUUAUGGAUAUCAUUCUUUCUAGUUGCUGAGGUGAAAGUAACAUUGUAUGCCAGUGUAUAUAAACAGGUUUUUGAGACUCAGGAUUCCAAGAUGUGUAAAAUGAAACUUAAGAAUUAAAGUGGAUGAGUAAUAUGGGUUUAUAAAAAGUUUUGGCUUCUAUUUUAAAUUUCAUAUUAGAUAAUAAAUUGUGCACUGGUGAAUGGUUCCUGGGGUGUGGCUGCUUUUUCAAUGAAAAGUAGAGGAGCUUUUUCUUUUGUUUACAUUUGUUAUUAGAUUAAUAAUGAAAACCACUAAAAAUACUCAGAAUUUAGCUUCAGGCUUUCUAUCAGCAACUUGGCCAUAUGUGAAUUAGGCAGGCACAAAAUACUGACUUCAAAAAAGAAAGUAGUCUGCUUGUAUAAUGCACAAUAAAAAAAAAACUUUUUCAUUUUUUGUGUUAAAGUAUAACAUUUGGAGUACACAGAUCCUGUUGAGAAAAGCAGAUAGUUGAGUGACUGUAUGUUUAUGUCGGGCAUAAACAAUUUACCGCUUCAAACAUAGCUCUCACUAUUACAUCACGGAUCAUGUUACUGUUGUCCUGUGAGAAAAGUUAGUAAUUGCAAAAUUAUUACCAUUAUUUCGAAAUUGGUUUGAUAAAAUAAACAAGGAAAAUGUGAUGGUUUUGUAAAAAAAAAAGAAAUAUUCCUAAAUUUCGGACAUAAUUUGAAUAUUUUGGUCUUAUUACGAAAUUCGCUUUUGAACUACACUGAAACAUAAAUUAUGCACUGAAAUUAAGGAUAGAUAAUGUAAAUAAAAGUAGGUUAUUUAGGUGCAUGGGAAGUCUUUUAUUAUCUGCUUAAAAAAAAUUAAAGCCAUUUGAAUAAUUCAAAAAUAAUAGAUAAGUUUAAGGGUAGAAUUUAAGGUUUGACUUGAUUGUUUUAGUCUGCUCUCCAGUUUUUUGUAAAAUUCAGAGUUUUAAUUUUAUAAGACUUCAUGAGCUUUAAAUUGCUCAUGCAAUUUAAAGUAUUAAAAAAUAUUACUAUAUUUUUGUAUGUUUUGGAUUUUAAUUAGACAUUGAUGUAAGAAAAUCAUCUUAUUAGUUUUUCUAACACAGCUAAACUACACAAUAAUUAAUUAUGUGUUCUGAUAUCACGCUCCUUGAAAUAACAUAAUAGAAAGCUUACAUGGUUUAGUACAUUUUUAAUAGCAAAAAAUAACCCUUUGUGUGUGUGUUGUUCUCAGAAUAACCAGUAAAGAAUGGAUCAUGUUCUUCAUGAACAACCAGAUUUGGAAUAUUUGAAAGCUGAUGGAAAGCCCGUUUUGUUUUCUGUCCCCUCUCUCUUGAAAGAAUUAAACUGGAAUAAAGUUAAAAUUGCUUAUUAAAAAAUUCAGGGCCAGUUUUCAGUCUUAAGCAAUUUUUAUCAGCACUAAGAGGCUUUUGCAAAAAACAUGGGCAUAAUAAAUUUAAUUUUAAACUUUCAAAGUAAAACACAUUUCAGUGAAGGUUUUUAUAUGAAAUGCAGUGUAAAAGCUAAAGGUCAACUAAUCAUUGGCUGUAACUUCUAAAAACAAAAGAGAAUUUUAUAUAGGUCUCUUGUUUGUGAUAUUUAUUCAGUAUUCUAGUGUCCUUUGUUUAUAGUGUUUUGCUAUAAUGAAUUGGUAUCUCAUUCAGAAUACCAGUUUAUUUUGGAUAUAAUCUAGGUCAGGCCUUGGUUUUAAUUAGUUAUAAAUAUGGCAUUUUCUAGUAUGUGUCUGUCUUUUUCCCAGUGACAAUAUGCUUUUAAUUAAGACUAGGUCAGACCCUGGUAGAUGCAACUGUAAAAUAUAGUCAGAGGCUGUUUAAAGGUGACUAAUGUUUUUUUAUUUUGCUGAAUUGAAAAAAUGUGUGCUUGUAAAAUAUUAUUUUUGAUUAUUAGAUUAUUUCUAGUGCUUAAAUCUCACAGUAACUGGCAAAAGAAACAGUUGUAAGAUUUACAUCUAUAUAUAAAUAAAAUUUGCACCAAGUUGUAGUCUUAAAAUUACCUUUACAUUGACCAAAUGACUGUCACAAUGUUUUCAAAGUCUUUUUGCACUUAAAUAGUAACCAAUAAGCAUUAAAAGAAAGUUUAAUUAAAAUCACAAUUAGAAUUGUUAAUAUUUUGUGGAUUUAAAGAUAAUUUUUAUAUGAAGAAUUAUAUUUGUGUAAAGUAAAAUGCUUACUAUUUUCACUGCAUCAUUCCAGUAUUUGUGUGUAACAAUUCUGGGAUAUGUUGACCUGAGGAAGCAAACUGUGUAGAUUUCUAGACUCCUUAAAAGUCUUAGAACGUAUACUGAAAUCCAGUUAGGAUUAAACAGUAAUAAAACAUGAUCAUCCAGUUAGCCAUGUUAAUAGAUAAAGUAGUUUAUGUUAAUAUCAUAAUAUACUUUAGUGAUUUAUUUUUUAUUAAUGAAGAUUAUAUGUAGUACUUCUAGAAUAUUAAGUUACAAGAUUGUAGGAAAGAAUUUAGUAUUUUUUAUCAGUUAAGCUAAAUGAAAAGUUUACUUAACAUUUUAAAACCCCCACAAAUUGAUAAUUUUUGUAUUAUUUGAAAAGGAAUAAAUACAAUCUGUGCUCCAAAAUUGAAUAUAUGUUGUAUACUUGUCAACAAUUUAGGCAGAGAAUAACUUGUGAAAGAUGCAUUUACUGGUCAACUAGCAUGUCGUAACUAUUUUGUGAUAGCAUUUCGAAAUUCUGUUUUGUUCAAAAUAAAAAUUUAAAAACUUAUUAAAUAUUCUGUGAUAAGAAGUUCCUGACCUUUGAUCAAGCAUACAUUUUUAAAAAGCAAAUAAAAGCUAAAUAAAGCAAAACUAAAUAUAAAUCAAUAUAUUCUCUAACUGUUGUAUGUGUUCUUAUAUAUUGCUAGAGUAUUAUCUUUUAUUUUAAUAUCCAGGUUUUUAUUUAUUUUGUUAAAUAAAAUCUGAGAGGUACAAAAUCUUAUGUUAUUGAGAAAUAUCAAAAUAUGUGCAUCAUGGUAAACAUUGCUGUAAUAGAGGAAAAUUUGAUCAAAGCAACUUUAACCUGAAAUUCAAUUAGUAUUUACUAGUUAUUAUAAGUAUUGGCUUCAAAUUAUUGCAGAAGUGCUGUUCAGCUGUUUUAGACCUUAUUUAAUAAGUAGUAAUUUUGAUUGUUUCAGCAUGUUUAAAUUGUAUGAAAAAUUAAUUGCAGAAAAUGUUUAACAGAUUAACUGGGAAAGUUCUUAAUAAAUAAAUAAUGUUUGACAGAUUAACUGGGAAAGUUCUUAUUAAAUAAAUAGUGUAUACUAUGACAACACUUAAAAUAUAAUUUUGGAUGGAUAACGUUGUUUAAUUCAUUAACAGUUAGGUGAGAUCAAAAGAAUAUAAUUUGAGUGUACCUGAACAAUUCACAACAAGAACAAUCUGUUUGAUUUCCACAUGGCUGUAUUGUAGUCCUGUGACACACCUACAAUCUGGUUUUAAAAUAAUCUACUUUGAACAAGUGUGCUACUUAUUGAUAUAUGUAAUGAGAAAGUUGUAUAGAUUUGAAAUCAGACAGUCUUGCAUCUUUUCUAUGAAACAUUAUUUGUAUGUUGAAGUAUAUUUGAUUUGCACUAAUAUGUAAUACAGAAUGACACAUGAAUUGCAAAGGAACUUCUUUGAGUGGAGUUAUGUGACUAAAACUGAGUAGGUUAUUCUCUACAGUAUCAGGAUCUAGCAGGUUGUUUUACUGUUAAGUAGAUGGCUAUUUUAUAUGCCUCUAAAUUAAUGAGUGAUAUGGGAGGGAGAUUUCAUAAUUUGUUUAGUAAUUCUGAUUCUAAAAGAAUGUAAUAAUAAAAAAAAAGUUAUGAAAAUGAUUAGUAGACAGAAUAGCAAGGAAAGAAGUCUCAAUGUCAUAUAAAAUUAUAAAAACUGGGAAAGAAUAAAAAGCAGUUAUUAUUUAUAAUUGUAUUGUUAACAAGUAUGCUUGAUGUUAAUCACUAAACAAGUGAACUUAUGGUUUAACAGGUUAUCCUGUCAUGUUAUUUUGUUUUUAGAUGUUUAAUGAUUUUUUUUCACACAUUAAUGCUUGACAAAAUUAGAUAUACCAGUGAGAGUGAAGUUGAUAUUUAAAUCAAUAAAAAUUAUAAUUCUGCCAUAAUAAAUGUUAUGGUACUAGUAGUAACAAUUAAAUGAAAUCUCUUAGUAACUAAUGUUCAUGUUAAUUUCUCCAGUAAUUCUCAAAAUAAUCUUGUCCAGGUGAUUAUAUAUUUAAACCAUUACUGAAAAUUAAUAAGAAUUUUUGAUGGUCCAGGAAUAUUGAUGUGUAUUGAUUUCACAGAUUAAUGUUUACAUGGUCUUUAAUGUCACUAGUAACAUUAUAAGUAUAAUGCAAAAAUAAAUGUUUGGCUCAGUUUUCAUGCAACGUUUUUUUAUUUUGAAGUAUUUACUGACUAGGGUCAGCUUUUUGAGUCAAAAUACUUUAAGCUAUUUAUGUAAAAUGUAUCACUCAUGAGUAUUCAGUCUUUUACCUGUACCUCUAACAUUUUAAAAUGCUAGUUUUAAUAUGACUUCUGAUGCUGAGUUACUUCUGUAUAACAUUAUACCUAAAGUCUAGGUUGAUUGUUGUUUUUUAAUAGUUAUUUUAAUAUUUAAACUUGCUAGACAGCCAGGCCAUGAUUUUGAAUUCUUCAUAACUGAGGAGGUUAAGUGAGAAGGUUACUGUACAUGUAUUUAGUAUAUAGAAACUUCAAUAUUCAUCACCAACUAAUACUUUGAUUUUAUAAAAGUCUAUACAAGAAAAUAUAUAUUUUUGGAUUAUUUUUUACAGCAAUAGGUAGUAUUGAUAGAAGUAAUAAAAUUUAAAUGUUUAACCUUAAACAUUUUUCAGUUAUCUGAGCUUACUGUAAUACCUAGGAAAUUGAGAAGCAGUUCUUUCUCUGAAAACUAGUUAUUUUGCUAUCAAGAAAACCAGUGAAGGUGUUUUGUUUUGUAGAUGUAAAAAUAUAAGUAAUUGAAAGAAGUUUUAUCCAUGUUGGUUUUUGAAGUGUCAGGUUAUUAAAUUGAUGCACUGAUGUGUACCAUUCUCAGUUAUUGUUUUUUUUAAUGAAAAAAUAUCUUGCAUCACUAAGAUCAACAUUGAAUGGUUUCACCAAAGUGCUGCAGUGAUGUGGAAUUGAGGUAAAAUAGUCACCGUUUAGAAAAAUAAUGGCUUUAAGUUCUUUCCAGUACUUAUUUUGGUUUUGAAAUAUUUUUAAGUUGCAUAAUAACAUUGAGUUUCUUGAUCACAUGCCCCUGUUGGUAUAUCCUCUAUUUGUUGAUCUGUAUUAGUCUUUAUUAAAUAUCUGAAGAAAUAAAAAGUGCUGAUAUAGUUUGUAGAA